CUUUGCAAUAGCUAUUGGUGCUUCGCAUGAGGUGUGGGGCAGUGAUAAGGCAUUGGCGUUGAACAUUGGGCGGCCCAGGGUAGAGUGGGCGCGCCAGGGAGCUAUGUGGUGACAUACGGGGUGUAUGCUGGAUGAUGAGAGCUCGCUGAUGUGGCAUAUUAAGCCGAGGUGGAACCACAUUCUGCUGUUGGUUGUGCCGAGGCAAAGACCGGUCGUCAUAAUUGCACAUCAGGUUACCGGUGAGAAAUCUGUGGUUGGGCGCAGCAUUUAUGAGGUCCAGGAGACGAGAGAAGAUUGCGGAGAGAGGCUAGAGAGAGAGCAGCGGCAAGGAGAGCGAGGGCAACUGAGGAUAGUGCCAGGACUAGAGUUUCAGCUAGUACCGGUGCAACCAUGGCUGAGGAUUAAGUCAGAGUGGUCGCAAGCCUCUUCACAGUCCACUUCGUCAGGAGUAAGUCAGAGUGGUUCUCAGGGGUCCAUUAGUCACACUGCUAGCUUGCGAGUCAGCCAGCAGACUCAACUCACGGCGGAGGAUUUAGAAAUCCGACAAGCAGAAGAACUUCAAGAUGAGCUACAGCGGCAGUUGGACGAAGCAGCAGAGAAGAGAAGGAAAACCAUACUUAGAAAGGCUAGACUAGGGAGUAGAAUGCAGGAGCUAGGCAGGCUGGAAGGACUAGAUGAGGCGGCAUUAGACCCUGCUGUUCGUGUGCUGCGUAGUGCCUUACUUUCAGUGGCUGAAGCGCAGAAUGUCCAGCAGGAAUUGCUGGCCGAAUUGGCGGCAGGCCAGAAACAAAUCCUGGCUGAACUUCGGGCUCCUCGCACAGUGGUGAGGCAGCCGCAGUUUGCUGUAGUUCCCCCUGCGGGUGCGGGUCCUUCAUCGAUGCCGCAACACACAGGGUCAACUUUCUCUCCCAUGUUUGGCAUACCCCCUCCAGGUGGUUUAGUAGCAACUAGUGGUCCAGUUCAUUCAGUCUCAGUUGUACCAUCUACGACAGUGGUCACUACAGUCCCACUGUCAAGCCAGGCCCAGGUUAGUAUGCAACAACCUGUUUCAGUGGCUAUGCAGCCGCUGCAGCAAGCCCCUGGGCCCAUGCAGCCUAUGCAGUGGAUGCCCAAGAUUCCUCUGAUGAGUCCCAAACCCUUCUCUGGUGAUAGGAAGAAGGAUGAGGACUUAGACACCUGGGUGAGGACUGUGCCUACUUAUGUGAGGCACAAGCUCACCAGGCCUGAGCAGGAAGUUGUAGUGGCUGCCUCCUUUUUAGAGGGGUCAGCAGCCCGCUGGUUGAAUGGCUUAGUGCAGCAGCAGGGCUACGGUCAAAACUUCGAUGCCUGGGCACAGGCCCAGACAUUGGAAGAGUUUGUACGGUCCGUGUAUAACAGGUGGCAUGACCCGCAAGGGGCUCAGAAGGCCACCGAUGCAAUCAACAGUCUUUGUUCCCGCAGGUUCAAGAAUGUUAGAGAGCUAACGGACACCGUCGAACGACUACUCGUGGUACCUGGUGUGCGUUUUGACCAGCAGGUUCUCCUAAUGGAUUACCUAAGGUGCCUACCUGCAGAGGUAAGGACCAAGCUGGUUGAUGAGGCCUAUGUCGAACAGCACACCUUCGCUACUUUUAGUAAGAAAGCUCUGGACAUAGAGGCAAAGCUGGGAUCUGCGCAUCAGUGCUUCUGCAAGCACUUCGCAGGGAAAUUCCUCGAGCCAGUAGGAGUGUUAGCCGCUCUUACUCGCGCUGAAGUGGCUACGUUGCCUUCCCCACUUCAGGCAUUGGCCAAGGCUAGUGACCCACGCAUCGCCCCGCAGACACAUUCAGACCCACCGACACUCUGUUCGAGAGAUGUGUCCGAGGCCCUAGAGACUGAGUGGUCAGGGAAGGACCCCAGGGACUCUUGGGCGAUGAUCAGUAGAGGUCCAAAGGGUGAAGAUUUCGUGGUAGAGGUUGAUGUAGGUGGCCGUAAAGUUGGCGCCUUCGGACACAUAUGCUCUACACGAAACUUCAUCAGUCGUGCUUGUGUGGAUAGACUGCGCUUAGGGGACCAAGUGCAGCGGCUUUGCAGAACUGUAGCUUCUACGCUAGCCAACAAGCACCAAAUGGUUGUAAAAGACUAUGUCAAGGACGUAGUCUGCACCUUCUCCUAUGGAGGAGGGGAAGUGAGUCAUAAGAUCUCCUUCCUGGUUAGCGACGAACUGCCAUUCAAUAUGCUACUGGGUGUGUACUACCUCAAAGUCUCGCAACCGCAGUUUGACUGGGAUAGAAAGGUGUUGAUACACAAGUUGCCAAAUGGUAGGACCGUUAGGCUGCAAAAGUACAAGGCUAGCAGUCUAGUGGAGAACUACGGCUGCAUAUGCGCUUCUUCUUUCUAUAACUAUUACAAGCAGAAUCGCGAGGAGGGCAUGUAUCUAGUGUUUGUCUCUGAGAAAGGGGAGGCCGUUAAAUCACCCCCAGAGAUAGAAAACGUCGUCGCUCAAUAUUCACACCUUUUUGAGGAGCCCACAGGCGUGGUAGAAAGGGAGGUUGUCCAUGCAAUAGAGGUUGUCCCAGGUAGUAAGGUGCCUAGAGGACGAAUCUAUAGGAUGUCUCCUGCGGAGUUAGAUGAGCUUCACCGCCAGCUCAAGGAGCUCACAAAGAAGGGAUGGAUCCAGCCUAGUACCUCCCCUUACGGUGCGCCAAUCUUAUUUGUCCCAAAGAAGGGAGGUCCAUUAAGGAUGUGCAUUGACUAUAGGGGCCUCAAUGCCAUCACCGUAAAGAACGUCGAGCCCCUACCCCGCAUCGACGACCUCUUGGAUAGAGUGCAGGGAUGCCGGUACUUCACCAAGAUAGAUCUGAAGUCCGGAUACCAUCAAAUUGCCGUUAGACCUGAGGACCAGGACAAAACCGCAUUUCAGACCAGGUACGGUCUGUACGAGUUUGUGGUGAUGCCCUUUGGUCUAUGCAAUGCACCUGGUACAUUCCAGCACGCGAUGAACAUGAUAUUUCAUGACUACUUAGACAAGUUUAUCGUCGUGUACCUCGAUGAUAUUCUUAUCUUUAGUAGGACUGUAGAGGAGCACGCUGAGCACUUUAAAAUAGUGCUAGGUCUCUUACGACAGCACCAGUACAAGGUAAACUUGGACAAAUGCGAGUUUGGUCGCACCAAGAUCCUGUACUUGGGUCAUGAAAUCUCAGCAGAUCGAUUGAGGCCGGAAGAUGCCAAGGUGGCCAGCAUACGUGACUGGCCCAGACCUCAGACAGUUACUGAGGUCAGAUCGUUUUUGGGGAUGACGGGCUACUAUCGUCCGUUUGUGAAGAACUAUAGUACUAUAGCUUUCCCAUUAACGGAUCUAACUCGACUUGACACCCUUUGGGAGUGGACUGAAGAGUGUGAGGCAAGCUUCAAGAAAUCGACAAACCGUUUGUUGUGACCACAGAUGACAUCCAAUAUGGCAUAGGUGCGGUCCUUGCGCAACAGGAGGGGCCAAAGUUAAGACCGAUUGAGUAUAUGAGUAAAAAGAUGCCUUCCCAGAAGUUAGCUAAGUUCACGUAUGAGAGAGAACUCUACGCCCUGUACACAACGCUUGUUCAUUGGAGACACUACCUCCUAGGGAGAUUCUUCUAUGUGAGGUCGGACCAUGAGACUUUGCGCUAGAUUAAGACACAGCCUGUUCUGUCGGACGCACUCAAAAGGUGGAUUCAAGUGAUAGACAUGUAUGACUAUCAACUUGAUCCUAUCAAGGGUACGUACAACAAAGUGGCUGAUGCAUU